UGAAGAAAGACAAAAAGAAAACAAAAUCAAAGUGGCAAAGGCCAUACUGCCAUAGGCGAAGAGGCAGAGCUCCCACAGUUCUCACACUUUAUCACUCACAAUCAUUUAGCUCAACUUUCCCAAAACUUCCCUAGGGUUUAUAGCUUCUCUCUCUUCCGGUCUUCCCCCUUUUUGCAACCAAUAUCGGACGCUCAUUCAGCUAAAUUUCACAUGGACCUCGCUGCUAAUGCGUUGCAGCCCUGAAUUUGAUUCACUUAUGGCAAGUGAUCUCUCUACUUCUCUGGGAUUGCAGUCCCUAGAAUUCGUGGUGAAUGAUGAUGAGCAGUGUUUAGGGUUUCAUCUUACUAGACCUGCAAGAUACAUUUUGGUUCAGUUUUGUUUGGGUUCAAUGUUUUAUAAAACUGCAGGCUUUUGGUUUCAUUGGUUACUGCAAUUUACUAUCUGGAUGUAUAGCAUUGAGAAUGUGUUGCCUCUGCAGACACAAACCUAUCCCAGUCACGUUACAUCAGCACCUAUGCUAACUAGCCCACCAGAAGGUGGGAAUUUUGAACCCAUUCAAAUAUCACCUGCUGUUUUUCCACAUACUCCGUUUCCAAAUGUCAGUUUGCCUCCAAUGUAUCCCACCUAUCCAAGUACCUAUGAACCCAUUUUGACUGGACGGUGCCCUGUAAACUUUUCUGUCAUUUCAAGUGUCAUGGAAAAAACGGCAUCAGACUGCAACCAGCCGUUUGCUGGAGUAGUUGCAAACGUCAUAUGUUGCCCACAACUUAGUAGCUUGCUCCACAUAUUCAAGGGAUUCUAUAGCGCGAAUUCUGAUAAUUUAGUUUUACAAAAUGCAGCUGCAGAUGAUUGCUUUAAAGAUAUUGUCAGUAUAUUAGCCAGCAGAGGCGCUAACAGCUCAAUAUCAACCAUAUGCUCCGUGAAAUCUUCAAAUCUGACUGGUGGCUCAUGUCCUGUGAAGGACAUAGCCACUUUUGAGAGAACAGUGAACACAAGCAAGUUAAUAAAUGCUUGCAGUACAAUUGAUCCUCUUAAAGAAUGUUGCCGACCAAUUUGUCAACCUGUAAUUAUGGAAGCUGCCCUUAUGUUGUCAGGAGUGCAAUCAUAUAUGAACAAUAACAAGAAUGCAGUUGGGCUGCCUAAUCAGUUUAAUGUGGUUAACGAUUGCAAAGGGGUCGUCUUUUCAUGGAUAUCGAGGAAACUUCCUCAUGAUUCUGCAAACAAGGCAUUCCGGAUAUUGUCUGCCUGCAAAGUUAAUAAAGCAUGUCCAUUGGAGCUGAGACAACCAUCUAAAGUAAUUGCAGCAUGCCUCAGUAUUUCUGCCCCUAAUCAUUCAUGUUGUAGCUCCCUAAAUAAUUACAUAGCUGGUAUACAAAAACAAAUGCUUAUAACAAAUCGGCAAGCAAUUUUAUGUGCAACCAUGUUUGGCUCCAUCUUGAAGAACGGAGGUGUGAUGGCAAAUGUUUAUAAGCUUUGUGACGUAGACAUAAAAGAUUUUAGUCUCCAAGCAUACGGACAAGAAGGGUGUUUACUUCCUAGCCUGCCUGCGGAUAUGGUAUAUGACAAUUCAUCAGGCUUUAGCUUUCAUUGUGAUUUGACGGACAAUAUUGAAGCUCCAUGGCCAUCAUCGUCAUCCACCAUGACAUCACUGUCUCUUUGUGCUCCAGAGAUGUCUUUGCCUGCACUACCUACGGCACUGAAUCUGGGUAACCCUGGCUGUUAUGGAGGUGGGGUGGACCUCUUUGUUCCUAUUCUUUUAAUUUUUGGUGUUGGUGCAUUAUUCUUUUGAGCAAGUUUAGCAGAGCUUUGUAUAUUUUGAGCUUCGUCCAUGUAUAUAGCUUUCAUUUUUUUUUUCUUUUCAAUUUAUAAUUUUUUGCAGCUGUUAUUUUUUCUUUUCUUUUUUUCUUUUCUAGUCAAGAGUCAACUAGAUGUAUAGAGGGUUACUAUUUAUUUAUUUGCUCAUGGGAGAUUCCUGUCAUGGUAAUGAUGUGCAUAUAUAUGCUUAUGCUGUUU